UCCGGAUCUCUUAGAUCACAGAGGAAAACAGUCGAUCGGAGGUGCGAUCGAAUGAGAAGCCUGAAGAAGGGGGAAGAGAUGAAAGCUUGGGUCACUUCGACCUUGGGCGACUCGUUGAAGAUCAUCACGCAGAAGCUCGAGGAAGUUGAUUCCAAGGCUAAGCUUGCGGCCGCUGAACGCAUGAAACUCCUGAAGUUGAGGGAGGAAAAAGUCUCGCUCGACAAAGAAAAGGGAGAUGGAUCGAGCAGUGAGGAAAGAAAGUGGGGGGGGGAUCGCAUAGCUAUGGUUACUACACCAAAAGAGAAUGUUGUAAAAACUCGGACCCGUGGGAGUGCGAAGGGGCGGCCCAAGAGGAUCGAGCUAUCCUCUGAUGAUGACGGAGCAGCGGGAGGAGUGAAGCAGGAUCUGAGCGUUAAGAUGGAGAAUAGUAGCCAGUUGUCGGAAGUGAAGAAGCCGCUAGAAGUCUUGGUGCAUGGGCUGGCGGACCAGAAAGGGAAGCAACCCGUGCGGGCGGAAGACCCGACAAUGCAAGCUACGGCGCAGGCUACAGCGGCAGCAGCCGCCGCAGCAGCCGAGGCAGUUGAGGCCGUGGAAGCUGCAGACAACAUGGAAGACGUCGACAUCGUGCAGAACGACCAUGUCGACGAAGACGAUGAGGAGGCCGACGAGGGAGGCCUGGCAUCAUAUAUGAAGAUGCGCCAGAUAUUCUAUAACUCUCUACAUUAUACGAGAGUGAUAGAGUUAUGCAAGCAAAAUGAGAUUCCCUAUUUCCGCAAGGAAAUGGGUGCUUGGGAGCUAGCUCGACUGGACCUGCAAGAGUACGCCGGCCAAUUGAAAAGCGAUAUGUCAGGGAAAGGAGGCGAGCCAUCGCGCCGUCGUAACGGACGGAACAGUGACAAUGACGACGAAGGCUCAGCAGCGGGUGAUGGUCCGAUCGGGGGAAACUGACUCUCGGGAGGCUCCGCUCUCUUCAGAGAGCAGUCAAACGCAUUCUUGCAUUAAAGG